GCGCGUCAGCCGCAUCCCGGCUCCCAUGGCGGCAGCCGGAGAGCCGGAGUCGCCCCUGGAGGCCCCCGCCGCGGAGCCCGCGCCGCCGCCGGCCUGCCGCUUCUUCCUGGAGGGCCGUUGCCGCUUUGGCGCCCGCUGCCGCCAGCCCCACCCCGGGGCGCCGGCGCGGCCCAGCGGGCAGGCGGAGGCCGAGGCCGGCGCCAAGAAGCCGCCGCUGCGCACGGCCGCGGCCGUCAUCCAGCGCAUCCUCUGGGACCCGCGCCUCGACCCGGCCGACUUCUCGGUGGGCUACGUCGACCGCUUUCUGGGCGUGCGCGAGGAGCCCUUCAGCGCCUUCUGCUGGGACGAGCCGCUGGCGGCGCUCGGGCCGGGCGUGCUGGCCGUGCCGCAGCACCGGGUGCGCUACUUCCGCUUCCGCGGCCGCGUCGUGUGGGACCGCGCCUCGCGCACCGACCACGUCUUCGGCUCGGGCUCGGCGGCGGGCCGUGGGCCCACCAUCCUGGAUGUGCUCGACAGCGGGGACGCGCCAGACGGCGGGCACGCACCCGACGGCCGGGACGCGCGGGAGACCGGGGAUGCGCCAGGCGGCGGGGACGCGCGGGAGACCGGGGACGUGCAGGGGACUGGAGAAGCGCACACCGGUGAGGACAAGGCCGAGGACGCACACUGGACUGGGGACACGCAGGACGGCCUAACUGCGGGCCCCGUUGGCGCCCCAGGGGGAGAGCAGAGAGAGCGGGACUGGAUGGGACUCGAGGCCACCUUUACUCGGGAUAGUGGCGGCUCAGAGGCCCAGUGCCUGGCGGUUGCCUGGCCAUCUAGGAAGGCCCGGGAGCGGGAGCUGGGCGGGGCUGGAGGCCAGGCUUCCCCGUGGACAAGGCAAGAAAGGCGUCUGAAACCAGCCACUGCCGUCCCCAGGACCUCGGAGCCUCAGGCCAUGGCAGCCCCAGGGCGGACCCCAGACGACUUCCCUGAGAAGGCAGCACAGUGGGGUAUCGGGGCCUGGCCCCUACACAGUGGAGACGACACCGUGACCAGACCUGAGACCCCUCGCCAGCCCCGGCCCACGCAUUUUGUGGCCCUGAUGGUGACGGAGCCUGGGCUGCAGGCAGGAGUGGCCAAGGCGCAGGAAGAGCUGGUCCGAGCCGCGCCAUCAUGUGCUGCUUUCAUGGUGCCGGUACAGGCCCUACAUCUGACACUGGCCCUGCUGCGGCUGGCGGGCCCCGGGGAGGCAGAGGCCGUGGUCUGUGCUCUAAGACGCGUGCUCUCGGCCCCAGGGCUUCAGGCACCCCCUCGGAUAAGCUUUACACGCCUGGUGCUCCUGGGCCACCAUGUGCUCUGUGCCCCACCCUCCCCUUCCCUAGAAAGUAUGGCCCAAGGGCUGGGCCAGAGGCUGGAGGCAGAAGGGCUCAGAGUGCUACAGCCCCCUGGAGGGCUGCACCCCCACCUCACUCUGGCCAAGGUGCCCCAGGGUUCCCACGUCUGCCUUCCUGGGCCUGGGUUCAGCCCCGGGCAGGAGCUGGGGAGCCAGCCCCUGGGGAAAGUCUGGCUGUGCCGCAUGGGGAGGGCAGGGGGCACCUACCAGCCCCUGGCUGAGAUCCCCCUGGGGUGACAGUCCUUGACCUCUGGGACAGGCAAAUUGGAUCUCAACCCCAAAAGAAAUCAGGGCCAGAACCCGAACAACCAGAGGAGAAGAUCCAGUCCAAGCAGGAGGGAUGACGCGCCUUCUCUCUCUCUCUCUUUAAUUUUGGUUUCUCAAGCUUCCAAGUGGUGCUCAGUGCUCCAAGGAAAGAACGAAGGAAGGAAAGGGGGGGGGGAGAGGAAGGGGAGGGGAGGCAGAGGAGGCACAUCUGGAAGAAAGCAGCCUGACAGUCCAGCUGUUUGCAAACUCAUUGCACAUCCUCCAGUUACAUGGCAGAAGAGGGAGGGAGGACCGAAAAGAAAAGGGGAGGAAGAAGAAAAAGUAACUUAAAUAAACACACACAAAAAGAAAAGAGAAGGAAACAUGACGUGAGCUGGUGAUCCAUGAAGGCGGGAGGGGUAACUGGUUUACCUGUGCUGAACCAAGGGACGGGUGGGAGCAGAAGGGAGGAAAGGGAAAAAAAAACUAGAAGAAACACUGGGGUGGAGGAAGGAGGGGACACGGAGACAACUUAAUACAACUGCAGACGAGGCGGCCCGGCCGGCAGGUCCCGCGAUGGCCUCCGGAGUCCUCAGUGGGAGUGGCGGCGGAUCUGGUCGAGGCGUGGCGUCGGCAUUUCGGGGGCGGGGGCCAAGGGCAGGGCACAGUCUACGCGGCUCCCCUUGCCCCAAACACUGAGGCCCCGAAGGGCUGAACAAGAGUCUGUGGUGAGGCGGACGGCGGCGGGCAGGUGUGCUGGUGCCCCUGCCGUGGCGGGCGCGGGCGGAGCGGCCUGUCUUCUUCCCCUGGCCCCCCGGCAUGGGAUGGGCCAGGAUGCCAGGUCGUACCGGAGUACAAGCUCGAGAGAGAGAGAGAAAAAACACUGAGACAGCAUUAGUGGAGGUGCCAGGUGGACACAGAGCAGCCUACAGACCAUGCCCCCAACCCUCUGCCGUCCCACCCAACUCCCCCAAUCCCAUUUCUCUGAGGCAAAAAAUAAAAAUGUAGAAAAAAUCUCUGUACAGACUCCCCGGUGGGAAAACGGGGGCAGGGAUGCUGGCUCUUCCUGGAGCCCACUCCCCGCGAAUUAAUUUACAACCCAAGUCCAUGGCUCAAAAG